AUGGAUCGACAUCGAAGUCACCGAUCUCUGAAACACCAGGCUCAUGAGUUGGCUAACGCUGCCUACUGCAACCCGACCCUCAAUCAGCCUAGCAAUGCAGCGCUCGAGCGCAUUCAAAGUUGCGAGUCGUGUUGGAGCUUGGAUGCCUUCGAUGACAUACCUGAAUCAAGGAAACCGUCUUCGACGGUUGACGAAACGGAGGAGAAAAAGCAACGGGCAGGAAAUGUCACUUUUGCCCAAUGUUCCGAGAUCUUCGCCGCCGAUCCAACAGCGCCUCUGGCUGAUGACAACAAGACCUCGGUGCAAAAUGCCAACGAGAACGCUUCAGCCGAAAACAUAGACAUAUUUGCCGCUCUUGACAAGAACAAGGUCAGAAAAAUGAAUACAGCCGUGUUACUGAACCAAGCCAUUAGGCAGCGAUCUUCUACAAGUCGUCUUGUGGUAAUCAAUCUUCCUCGGCCUCCGACAGGAGCAGAAGGUCUGGCAGAUUACAUGCAAUAUCUGGAAGUGUUGACAGAGGGCUUACCUCGCGUACUUUUGGUCAGAGGUUCUGGAAAAGAAGUGAUUACGAUUUAUUCAUAA